AUGGCACCUGCCAGCCGCGGCUGCGGCUGCCGGGUCUGCGCGGGGGCCCGGGUGCCGCCGCCGCCGCCGCUGUUGCCGCUGCUGCUGCUGUUGCUGGCGGGGCUGGGCUGCGCGCGGGCUACAGAGCACUACUCGCCGCUGUCCCUGCUCAAGCAGGAGCUGCAGCACCGGCAGCAGCAGGACGCCGCGGCGGGCGGCGGCUGCCCGCAGUCGGGGGACUGGACGGACCAGUACCCGGCUGAGUGCGAGUCGUCCUUUCUGAACUUCCACGAAUCCGACUGCGAACCCAAAGGCUCACCACCCUGCGACUCCCUGCUUCCUCUCAACACCGAGAAGAUUCUGAGCCAGGCCAGGUCUAUUGCAGAACAAAAGAGGUUCCCAUUUGCUACCGACAAUGACAGCACCAAUGAAGAGCUGGCAAUUGCUUAUGUGUUGAUUGGCAGUGGUCUCUACGAUGAAGCAAUAAGGCAUUUCUCAACAAUGCUUCAGGAGGAGCCUGAUCUGGUUAGUGCAAUUUAUGGCCGAGGGAUAGCCUAUGGAAAGAAGGGCCUACAUGACAUUAAGAAUGCUGAGCUUGCUCUGUUCGAGCUGAGCCGAGUAAUUGCCUUGGAACCAGACCGCCCAGAGGUGUUUGAGCAGCGAGCAGAAAUUCUGUCCCCUCUGGGACGAAUUAACGAAGCAGUGAGUGAUCUCACCAAAGCCAUUCAGCUCCAGCCAUCAGCCCGGCUGUACAGGCACCGGGGGACYCUGUACUUCAUCUCUGAGGACUACGCGACGGCCCACGAGGACUUCGAGCAGUCCUUGGAGCUGAACAGGAACCAGCCUACAGCCAUGCUGUACAAAGGCCUGACCUUCUUCCACAGAGGGCUUCUCAAGGAAGCCAUUGAGUCCUUCAAAGAAGCUCUGAAGCAGAAAGUUGAUUUUAUUGAUGCAUAUAAAAGCCUGGGGCAGGCCUACAGAGAACUGGGCAAUUUUGAAGCGGCCACUGAGAGCUUUCAGAAGGCUCUGCUGCUCAACCAGAAUCACGUGCAGACCCUCCAGCUUCGGGGCAUGAUGCUCUACCACCACGGCAGCUUGCAGGAAGCCCUGAAGAACUUCAAGAGGUGUCUGCAGCUGGAGCCAUAUAAUGAAGUGUGCCAGUACAUGAAGGGGCUCAGCCACGUGGCCAUGGGACAGUUUUAUGAAGGGAUAAAAGCACAAACCAAAGUCAUGCUGAACGAUCCUCUUCCGGGCCAGAAGGCUAGCCCGGAGUACCUCAAAGUGAAGUACCUCCGUGAGUACUCCCGGUACCUUCAUGCACACCUCGACACGCCCCUCACAGAGUACAGCGUAGAUGUGGACCUGCCUGGCAGCUUCAAGGACCACUGGGCAAAGAGCCUGCCCUUCCUCAUAGAAGACUACGAGGAGCAACCGGGCCUGCAGCCCCAUAUAAAAGACGUGCUGCAUCAGAGUUUCGAGAGUUAUAAGCCUGGAGUGCAGGAACUGAUCUGUGUGGCUGAUCGUUUGGGGUCACUGAUGCAGUAUGAAACACCCGGCUUUCUGCCCAACAAGCGGAUACACAGAGCCAUGGGCUUGGCAGCACUGGAAGUCAUGCAGGCUGUGCAGCGCACCUGGACCAACGGGAAGGUGCGCAUGGGCGGGAGGACGCGGCUGAUGCAGUGGAGGGACAUGUUCGACAUUGCCGUGCGAUGGAGAAGGGUGGCCGACCCCGACCAGCCCGUGCUGUGGCUGGAUCAGAUGCCAGCACGGAGUCUCAGCAGAGGCUUCAAUAACCACAUCAACCUGAUCAGGGGUCAGGUGAUCAACAUGAGAUAUCUGGAAUAUUUUGAGAAAAUACUUCAUUUUAUCAAAGAUAGAAUUCUUGUUUAUCAUGGGGCUAAUAAUCCUAAAGGGUUGUUGGAAGUCAGAGAAGCUUUGGAAAAGGUACACAAAGUAGAAGACCUUCUUCCAAUUAUGAAGCAGUUUAAUACCAAAACAAAGGAUGGGUUCACUGUAAACACAAAAGUUCCCAGCCUCCGGGACCAAGGGAAGGAGCACGACGGGUUCACCAUCACAGUCACUGGAGACAAAGUUGGAAAUAUCCUAUUUUCUGUGGAAACUCAAACCACAGAAGAAAGGACCCAGCUAUAUCACGCUGAGAUAGACGCCCUGUAUAAAGACCUGACGGCAAGAGGAAAAGUGCUGAUCCUCUCCUCAGAAUUUGGGGAGGCUGAUGCUGUCUGCAACUUGAUCUUAUCCUUGGUUUAUUACUUCUACAAUCUAAUGCCUCUCUCGCGGGGAUCUAGCGUCAUCGCCUACUCAGUCAUUGUGGGUGCACUCAUGGCGAGCGGGAAGGAGGUGGCCGGGAAGAUCCCCAAGGGGAAGUUGGUCGACUUUGAAGCUAUGACAGCCCCCGGUUCAGAGGCCUUUAGCAGAAUAGCCAAAAGCUGGAUGAACUUGAAAAGCAUCUCUCCUUCCUACAAGGCUCUUCCGUCCGUGUCAGAGACGUUCCCCACGUUGCGGUCGAUGAUUGAGGUGCUGAACACAGACUCCUCUCCACGCUGUCUCAAGCAGCUCUAGCUGCACCGUGGGCUUUCUGCACACAGGCGGCCKGGCCUCUUUCUUCUUAAGUUAUUUUUUAAAACAUGGAAUUAUUAAGAAAUUAGGUCCUUUAUUACUUUUGAUACCAAUUUUUGAUAGGAAUUGAAUACUUGAAAUCAUUUUCUUUACUUUUCCAAACCAUAAAAGAAAUCAUGAAAACAGGUUUUUGGAGAAAAGCUACUUGACUAGGAAGGGGGAAAGUGUUGGUUGGUGUCUGUAGGUCUCCACUGACAGUCAUGGGACUCCUUCCUUAAGCAAAAAAAAGUUCACUUCAGAAGCCAAAAAUCAAUGACCCGAGAACAAAGCCAAGAACUCACCGGCCUGUCUUCAUAGCUGCGGGGCCAGGUGCGCGCAGACCUGGCUAACCUUGUGCCAGGUGUGGUCCGGGCCUAUAUUAUCCCAGCGUGGGCAGAGGAGCUGGGCCCAGGAGUGCACCACCACCGCAGCUGGAGCGCGUCACCGACGGUGCCAGUGUCCUGACCCCGGAUCACAGAACCAUUAGGAAAACGACUGAAGUGACUCUGUCAGUCACCAUUUGGCCCUGGAUUUCGAAUGUUCUGUUUUGUGAGCUAGGUUGGCUUUUGUGCCUAAGGACACUCAGAAAGCUGCUUGUCCAUGUGCAGACAGGGCGAGUGGCAGGGAGUGAAGGUCAUUAAACUGUUGGCACUGCCAGUCA